AUACGGGUUCUUAUCGCUUAUCGGAACGUCAUUUCGUACCGAACUGGAGCGCAACCCAGAUUUCGAGAUUGGCCUCAAUCCAUCUUACUUGACCUGCGUGCCCUCAGCGCGGAACCCGUCAUAUGGCCGUAAAGGCACAACCGCCACGCGUAUAAAAGCAGCAAACCGGCAUUGUUAUUUCUCAAACCCCUCUGGAUUCCAAUGAUGGAGUCGCAAGACCGCGCAUCGAAUGCGCUCGUGCGCAAGCGGGCCGACACCGAACUGAUGCCGGCACCGCCGCCAGUAAAGAAGAUCAAGCGCCCGAAAAAGGUCAUAGACGAAGACACAUAUACCGAUGCCCUUUCGCAGAUCAUCGCACGCGAUUUCUUUCCCGGGCUUCUGGAGGCCGAGACACAGCAAGAGUAUCUCGACGCCCUCGAAUCCAAAGACAAGGCAUGGAUAUCCAACGCUGGGCAGCGACUACAGCGCGUGAUGACUCCGGGGAGACAAAGGCUGAAAAGACCGGCGCCUCUCGAACAUGGAGGACGCACGCCGUCAGCAUACGGUGCAGACACGCCAUUGUCAGUUGUAUCGACAGUCGCUGAAGCGUCAAAACCAGCCGUGGACACCAACAUGAGCCUAGCCAAUUUCCAAGCCACAUACACAAGUGAGGAUAACGAGAGCUUUUACAAGCUUAUGGACAAACAAAACCAGAAAAAGGCGGAGAAAUACGCGUGGAUAUGGCGGGGGAACAAGCUGCCGUCCAAGCAGAUGAUAAAACAGGCCGAGGUGGAAUCAAAGUUGUUGGAAACAAGGAGCUUGACCGAUGAUGGGUGGAAGCGGGAUAGACUGGCCAUCAAGGAUGUCGAUGACCGUCCAGCGCAACCCGAUACUUGGAACGCGAACCCGAAAAACAAUCUAAUGUUUGGGCCGGACGGUGUUGAGGACGUCUACGAAAGCCCAGCUCAGAAGGCCCAAGCCGAGUCGAGGAUGGCACCGAAAUCGAUCAACUAUCAAAACACGAGGAUACCGCAGCCAGUGAUCGUCGAGCGACCGCCAUCACCAACCAUGACCGCCGUCAGAGACGCGAUCGCUGGCAAAACGCGGAAAGAGGACCAGGCUUCGACCGCCGUGGGUGGAGGAGAAACACCUAGGGUGAACGGAUAUGCGUUUGUUGAUGACGAGGACAAUGAAGAGGUCCUGCCUGCCCCCGUAAUCCGUCUAGGCCCGGGCGAUGCCACGCCGAACCCUUUCAAGUUGCAAGACCAGAGGAAGAGAGAAAGCUUGCACCACCGGCUGGUUGAGCGGGCAGCGCAGUCCAAACGAGAGUCUGCAAAAAAUGGGCUGACCGGGAAGCCGGAGAAAACACCAGUGCCCAAAUUUCCGUCCAGUCCACGAGUCUCGGGUGGCCUUACUCCGGCCGCUCAACGAUUGUGGAGCAAGAUUGGCAAUCCAAGACCUGGGAGCCCAAGUAACUCUUCUUCAAAGGCAACGCCCAUGAGGGCGAGGGGCUCACUUCUGAAGGGCGGAUCCUCAGUUAGGCGGGAAUAAUGGCUAUGAGAAUCACCUGUAAUGAAUAAUGACGGACGCGAAGUCACAAAUAGACCAAGGAUACCACACCAAUAGAGAGAAGUCUUUAGACUGCUUAGCUUACACUCAAACGCUUCCCAGUUCACAACUGAAUCCGGUCCUCCACCUAAACGUAGUAGCAAUCACUUAAAGUGGAAGGUUG